AUAUAAUAAUUUUAUUUUUUACUUAAUAUAAUUUAUUGUGGGAUGAACGGAUUUCAUAUGGCGACUUAGACUGCAAAUUGAGCUCGACAAUAAUGUUAAUAUACGAGAGCAGUAGAUGCAUUGUUUUGACGCGAUAUCCUCAAAGUGCAUCCAAGGAGGACUGUACUUUCAUUUAGACGCCGUUAUUUCUUUCACUUAUUAAACACGCAUUAAAACAAAUAAUUAAACUAUCUUCAAACAAGUGCUUAAGUAAUUCAAAUCAAACCCAAAAAUUAAUAUGAAAUAUUACUAAACAAUUACGAGCGACUAGCGAUUUUACAAAAGUUGCGAAUAAAAAAUUAAGUAAGUACUUGCGGGGAGCUACCGGCUGGCCGCAUGAAAAAUAUAAACACAAAUACCUAUAUUAAAAUUCAGACGUACCAUAGGUAUAAAAAUGUACCUAGCGGCCAGGACAUACGGUUCAAAAUCACUAGGAAUAAUUCCGUGUCGCUUGCUCAUUUAUUUUGCGUCGAUCGGUCUGUCUCGCUCGCUCUGUUCCGUUCGUGUAUUAAGCAACAUUACACGACAAAGAAAGAAACAUGUUGGGUGAUAGUGUGAUGUUUGUUUCCUUCGCGUAAUGUGUGAUGUUGCAUUACAUCGUAGAGUAAUAUUACCCGAGUAAUAUCACUCGCAUUACUUACACAUGUCUAAUAGAUAGUCAGUUGAGCGUGUAAUUUUAAAAAUAAUAUUCAUGGAAAUUCAUGGAUUUAAGUGCCCACUGAGCUCUUCAGGCAAGAUAUAUUGUUGACCCUAUUGCUGUGUUGCUGCUAUACAAGGUAAAUCAACAGAGAUCCUGUCAUCAAACAUUCUUAGCUACUCACUUAAUUCUUAGUGAAUAUCUGUGACCUUGCUCGUUCACGAAGCCCGCUAUAGAAAGCAGAGUAUUAAAUACACUUGACGUUGGCGAAAUCUAAAAGGAAACGCCAUAAACCUAAGAGAUAGAGAGUACACAUGUGCUUCAACAUUUUAUUCCUCUUCCAUAGAAAAAAUUAAACAUAAUGUAGUUGUAAAUGAGAAAAAUAGUUUAUUAUUCAUGUACCCGUUAUUGGGUGAUGCAUUCUGUUUUCUUUUUCAAGGCCGUUCCAUUUUGAUUUCGCCAAAGUUUAUAGAGUGUGGUUUUGGUUAUGCCCAGAUGUCUUUUGGUGUGGUUUGGACUCUUGUUUGUUGGGUGGGCUUCGUGAUUGCACACACUACAUUCUAUUGAAAAUUUUGCUGUCAUAUUUUGAAAAUAUGAUAUGGCAAUAUUUAAUUCUUUGAGAGUCGUGAUAGGAUUCUAUUCUGAAGUUCGACGUCAGUUUCUUUGACAGGGACCGAUUUACUACAUUCUAUUAAAAGACUUUAUGUGUCAUAUUUUGAAAAUCUUUUAUGUCAAUAUUUAAUUCUUUGAGAGUCGUGAUGGGAUUCUAAUCUGAAGUUCGAUGUCAAUUUUGUUGACGGGGACUGUUUGCGAGUACACAUGUGCAUCAAAUUUUAUUCUUCUUCUAUAGAACAAAUGAAACGUAAUGAAGUUGAAAAUGAGAAAAAUCCUUUAUUAUUCAUGUUCCCGUUAUUGGGUGAUCUUUUACUACAUUCUAUUGAAAAAUUUUGUGUCAUAUUUUGAAAAGGUUUUAUGUCAAUAUUUAAUUCUUUGAGAGUCGUGAUGGGAUUCUAUUUUGAAGUUCGAUGUCAAUUUUGUUGACGGGGGACUGUUUGCGAGUACACAUGUGCAACAAAUUUUAUUCUUCUUCUAUAGAAAAAAUUAAACAUAAUGAAGUUGAAAAUGAAAAAAAUCGUUUAUUAUUCAUGUUUCCGUUAUUGGUAGAUCUUUUACUACAUCCUAUACAAAAAUUUGUUGCCAUAGUUUAAAAAUGUAUCAUGUUUUUUUUUUUUUUUGAGAAUCCUGAUAGGUUUCUGUCCUUAAGUUUGAUAUCAGUUUUGUUGACGGGGGACUGUUUGCGAGUACACAUGUGCUGUGAAUUUUAUUCUUCUUCUAAUAAACAAAUUGAACGUAAUGAAGGUUAAAAUGAGGAAGAUCGUUUAUUAUUCAUGUUCCCGUUAUUGGGUGAUCUUUUACUACAUUCUAUUGAAAAAUUUUGUGUCAUAUUUUGAAAAGGUUUUAUGUCAAUAUUUAAUUCUUUGAGAGUCGUGAUGGGAUUCUAUUUUGAAGUUCGAUGUCAAUUUUGUUGACGGGGGACUGUUUGCGAGUACACAUGUGCCAUGAAUUUUAUUCCUCUUUUAUAGAACAAAUUAAACGUAAUGAAGUUGAAAAUGAGCAAAAUCAUUUAUUAUUCAUGUACUCGUUAUUGGUAGAUCUUUUACUACAUCCUAUUGAAAAAUUUGUUGCCAUAUUUUGAAAAUGUGUUAUGGCAAUAUUGUUGUUUCUGAGAAUUGUGAUAGGAUUCUAUUCUUAAGUUCGAUAUCAGAUUUGUUGACAGGGACCGAUUGAGAGUACCCAUGUGCGUUUACAUUUUAAUCCUCUUCUAAAGAACUAAUUGAACGUAAUAAAGUUAAAAAUGAGAAAAAUCAUUUAUUAUUCAUGUACUCGUUAUUGGUAGAUCUUUUACUACAUCUUAUUGAAAAAUUUGUUGCCAUAUUUUGAAAAUGUGUUAUGGCAAUAUUGUUGUUUCUGAGAAUUGUGAUAGGAUUCUAUUCUUAAGUUCGAUAUCAGUUUUGUUGACAGGGGACUGUUUGCGAGAACACAUGUGCUGUGAAUUUUAUUCCUCUUCUAAUAAACAAAUUGAACGUAGUGAAGGUUAAAAUGAGAAAAAUCGUUUAUUAUUCAUGUUCCCGUUAUUAGAUCAUCUUGUACUACAUUCUAUUGAAAAACUUGUUGCCAUAUUUUGAAAAUGUGUCAUGGCAACAUUAUUUUUUUGAGAAUCCUCAUAGGAUUCUAUUCUUAAGUUUGAUAUCAGUUUUGUUGACAGGGGACUGUUUGCGAGUACACAUGUGCUGUGAAUUUUAUUCCUCUUCUAAUAAACAAAUUGAACGUAGUGAAGGUUAAAUUGAGAAAAAUCGUUUAUUAUUCAUGUUUCCGUUAUUGAGUGAUCUUUUACUACAUUCUAUUGAAAAACUUUGUGUCAUAUUUUGAAAAGGUUUUAUGUCAAUAUUUAAUUCUUUUAGAGUCGUGAUGGGAUUCUAUUUUGAAGUUCGAUGUCAAUUUUGUUGACGGGGGACUGUUUGCGAGUACACAUGUGCUAUGAAUUUUAUUCCUCUUUUAUAGAACAAAUUAAACGUAAUGAAGUUGAAAAUGAGAAAAAUCAUUUAUUAUUCAUGUACUCGUUAUUGGUAGAUCUUUUACUACAUCCUAUUGAAAAAUUUGUUGCCAUAUUUUGAAAAUGUGAAAUGGCAAUAUUUUUGUUUCUGAGAAUCAUGAUAGGAUUCUCUUAAGUUCGAUAUCAGUUUUGUUGACGGGUACUGUUUGCGAGUACACAUGUGCUGUAAAUUUUAUUCCUCUUCUAUAGAACAAAUUAAACGUAAUGAAGUUUAAAAUGAGAAAAAUCGUUUAUUAUUCAUGUUCCCGUUAUUGGGUGAUCUUUUACUACAUUCUAUUGAAAAACUUUGUGUCAUAUUUUGAAAAGGUUUUAUGUCAAUAUUUAAUUCUUUUAGAGUCGUGAUGGGAUUCUAUUUUGAAGUUCGAUGUCAAUUUUGUUGACGGGGGACUGUUUGCGAGUACACAUGUGCUAUGAAUUUUAUUCCUCUUUUAUAGAACAAAUUAAACGUAAUGAAGUUGAAAAUGAGAAAAAUCCUUUAUUAUUCAUGUUCCCGUUAUUGGGUGAUCUUUUACUACAUUCUAUUGAAAAAUUUUGUGUCAUAUUUUGAAAAGGUUUUAUGUCAAUAUUUAAUUCUUUGAGAGUCGUGAUGGGAUUCUAUUUUGAAGUUCGAUGUCAAUUUUGUUGACGGGGGACUGUUUGCGAGUACACAGGUGCAACAAAUUUUAUUCUUCUUCUAUAGAAAAAAUUAAACAUAAUGAAGUUGAAAAUGAAAAAAAUCGUUUAUUAUUCAUGUUUCCGUUAUUGCUAGAUCUUUUAUUACAUCCUAUUGAAAAAUUUGUUGCCAUAUUUUGAAAAUGUGAAAUGGCAAUAUUUUUGUUUCUGAGAAUCAUGAUAGGAUUCUCUUAAGUUCGAUAUCAGUUUUGUUGACGGGUACUGUUUGCGAGUACACAUGUGCUGUAAAUUUUAUUCCUCUUCUAUAGAACAAAUUAAACGUAAUGAAGUUUAAAAUGAGAAAAAUCGUUUAUUAUUCAUGUUCCCGUUAUUGGGUGAUCUUUUACUACAUUCUAUUGAAAAACUUUGUGUCAUAUUUUGAAAAGGUUUUAUGUCAAUAUUUAAUUCUUUUAGAGUCGUGAUGGGAUUCUAUUUUGAAGUUCGAUGUCAAUUUUGUUGACGGGGGACUGUUUGCGAGUACACAUGUGCUAUGAAUUUUAUUCCUCUUUUAUAGAACAAAUUAAACGUAAUGAAGUUGAAAAUGAGAAAAAUCCUUUAUUAUUCAUGUUCCCGUUAUUGGGUGAUCUUUUACUACAUUCUAUUGAAAAAUUUUGUGUCAUAUUUUGAAAAGGUUUUAUGUCAAUAUUUAAUUCUUUGAGAGUCGUGAUGGGAUUCUAUUUUGAAGUUCGAUGUCAAUUUUGUUGACGGGGGACUGUUUGCGAGUACACAGGUGCAACAAAUUUUAUUCUUCUUCUAUAGAAAAAAUUAAACAUAAUGAAGUUGAAAAUGAAAAAAAUCGUUUAUUAUUCAUGUUUCCGUUAUUGGUAGAUCUUUUACUACAUCCUAUACAAAAAUUUGUUGCCAUAGUUUAAAAAUGUAUCAUGUUUUUUUUUUUUUUUUUGAGAAUCCUGAUAGGUUUCUGUCCUUAAGUUUGAUAUCAGUUUUGUUGACGGGGGACUGUUUGCGAGUACACAUGUGCUGUGAAUUUUAUUCUUCUUCUAAUAAACAAAUUGAACGUAAUGAAGGUUAAAAUGAGGAAGAUCGUUUAUUAUUCAUGUUCCCGUUAUUGGGUGAUCUUUUACUACAUUCUAUUGAAAAAUUUUGUGUCAUAUUUUGAAAAGGUUUUAUGUCAAUAUUUAAUUCUUUGAGAGUCGUGAUGGGAUUCUAUUUUGAAGUUCGAUGUCAAUUUUGUUGACGGGGGACUGUUUGCGAGUACACAUGUGCCAUGAAUUUUAUUCCUCUUUUAUAGAACAAAUUAAACGUAAUGAAGUUGAAAAUGAGAAAAAUCAUUUAUUAUUCAUGUACUCGUUAUUGGUAGAUCUUUUACUACAUCCUAUUGAAAAAUUUGUUGCCAUAUUUUGAAAAUGUGUUAUGGCAAUAUUGUUGUUUCUGAGAAUUGUGAUAGGAUUCUAUUCUUAAGUUCGAUAUCAGAUUUGUUGACAGGGACCGAUUGAGAGUACCCAUGUGCGUUUACAUUUUAAUCCUCUUCUAAAGAACUAAUUGAACGUAAUAAAGUUAAAAAUGAGAAAAAUCAUUUAUUAUUCAUGUACUCGUUAUUGGUAGAUCUUUUACUACAUCUUAUUGAAAAAUUUGUUGCCAUAUUUUGAAAAUGUGUUAUGGCAAUAUUGUUGUUUCUGAGAAUUGUGAUAGGAUUCUAUUCUUAAGUUCGAUAUCAGUUUUGUUGACAGGGGACUGUUUGCGAGAACACAUGUGCUGUGAAUUUUAUUCCUCUUCUAAUAAACAAAUUGAACGUAGUGAAGGUUAAAAUGAGAAAAAUCGUUUAUUAUUCAUGUUCCCGUUAUUAGAUCAUCUUGUACUACAUUCUAUUGAAAAACUUGUUGCCAUAUUUUGAAAAUGUGUCAUGGCAACAUUAUUUUUUUGAGAAUCCUCAUAGGAUUCUAUUCUUAAGUUUGAUAUCAGUUUUGUUGACAGGGGACUGUUUGCGAGUACACAUGUGCUGUGAAUUUUAUUCCUCUUCUAAUAAACAAAUUGAACGUAGUGAAGGUUAAAUUGAGAAAAAUCGUUUAUUAUUCAUGUUUCCGUUAUUGAGUGAUCUUUUACUACAUUCUAUUGAAAAACUUUGUGUCAUAUUUUGAAAAGGUUUUAUGUCAAUAUUUAAUUCUUUUAGAGUCGUGAUGGGAUUCUAUUUUGAAGUUCGAUGUCAAUUUUGUUGACGGGGGACUGUUUGCGAGUACACAUGUGCUAUGAAUUUUAUUCCUCUUUUAUAGAACAAAUUAAACGUAAUGAAGUUGAAAAUGAGAAAAAUCAUUUAUUAUUCAUGUACUCGUUAUUGGUAGAUCUUUUACUACAUCCUAUUGAAAAAUUUGUUGCCAUAUUUUGAAAAUGUGAAAUGGCAAUAUUUUUGUUUCUGAGAAUCAUGAUAGGAUUCUCUUAAGUUCGAUAUCAGUUUUGUUGACGGGUACUGUUUGCGAGUACACAUGUGCUGUAAAUUUUAUUCCUCUUCUAUAGAACAAAUUAAACGUAAUGAAGUUUAAAAUGAGAAAAAUCGUUUAUUAUUCAUGUUCCCGUUAUUGGGUGAUCUUUUACUACAUUCUAUUGAAAAACUUUGUGUCAUAUUUUGAAAAGGUUUUAUGUCAAUAUUUAAUUCUUUUAGAGUCGUGAUGGGAUUCUAUUUUGAAGUUCGAUGUCAAUUUUGUUGACGGGGGACUGUUUGCGAGUACACAUGUGCUAUGAAUUUUAUUCCUCUUUUAUAGAACAAAUUAAACGUAAUGAAGUUGAAAAUGAGAAAAAUCAUUUAUUAUUCAUGUACUCGUUAUUGGUAGAUCUUUUACUACAUCCUAUUGAAAAAUUUGUUGCCAUAUUUUGAAAAUGUGAAAUGGCAAUAUUUUUGUUUCUGAGAAUCAUGAUAGGAUUCUCUUAAGUUCGAUAUCAGUUUUGUUGACGGGUACUGUUUGCGAGUACACAUGUGCUGUAAAUUUUAUUCCUCUUCUAUAGAACAAAUUAAACGUAAUGAAGUUUAAAAUGAGAAAAAUCGUUUAUUAUUCAUGUUCCCGUUAUUGGGUGAUCUUUUACUACAUUCUAUUGAAAAACUUGUAUGUGUCAUAUUUUGAAAAUGUUUUAUGUCAAUAUUUAAUUAUUUGAGAGUCGUGAUAGGAUUCUAUUCUGAAGUUCGACGUCAGUUUCUUUGACAGGGACCGAUUGAGAGUACCCAUGUGCUUUUACAUUUCAAUCUUCUUCUAAAGAACUAAUUGAACGUUAUAAUGUUAAAAAUGAGAAAAAUCGUUUAUUAUUCAUGUGUCCGUUAUUGGGUGAUCUUGUACUACAUUCUAUUGAAAAACUUGAUGCCAUAUUUUGAAAAUGUGUUAUGGCAAAUGUUGAAUUUUUUAAGAAUCAUGAUAGGAUUCUAUUCUGAAGUUCGAUGUCAAUUUUGUUGACGGGAGACUGUUUGCGAGUACACAUGUGCUAUGAAUUUUAUUUCUAUUUUAUGAACAAAUUAAACGUAAUGAAGCUGAAAAUGAGAAAAAUCGUUUAUUAUUCAUGUUCCCAUUAUUGGGUGAUCUUUUACUACAUUCUAUUGAAAAACUUUGUGUCAUUGUCGUGGCGUGCAACCUCUUUGACAAGACAUAAAACCUAUAAUGACUAGACAUAGACAGACUAAGACAGACAUUUGAAAAUAAUUCAAAAAUAAAUGGAACGAGGGCGUACGUGACCAGCAGCGACGCAGUACAUUUUUUGACUUCUGAAAAGACAGACAUACAAAAAGACGAAACAGAACGAAUAAUAAUUGACCGUUCUUAUAUAAGAUGUUCAAGUGACCUUCGACCGUUCAAGUAGUCAUUCGACCGUUCAAGUGGUCCUUCGAGCAAAAAGACAAGUUCUAUGGUGAAGACAAGACUAGGAACAGACACCGACAUGGCGACGUCUUCGACAAAUGGUACGACCGCCGCUGCUGACCAGACCGGGCGAGACCGACAGUCCGUCCACAGCAGUCGCGCACCGUCACCGACCCCGUCUGUCCGGUCCACCGUCUCCAGUGCAAUGACUCAGAUUCGACGACAAAAACUAAUACAACUAAAGUUGGACGCUGCCGAACAACGCGCACGACUACACCUGCAGCUUCUGGAGGAAAAACUAGCCAUCGAAAGUCAGGCCCUAGAAGAGGAAGAAGAUCCGCAACUGACAUGCAAUCUACCAGGUAACUCUCAAACAUUACCAAACGCACAUGACGUAAGAUUACCGGCUUGCUGUCAGCAAAAUUCAGAAGAGAAUGAGCUAGCAAACUGCGUAACUAAGCUCCUCGCAAGACAGUCAAGUACUCGAGAAUUGCCUACGUUCUCUGGUGAGCCCGAGGAAUGGUCUCUUUUUUAUAGUCAAUUUACAUCGACAACAAAAUUAUGCGGCUAUAGCGAUGACGAGAAUAUAGCCCGACUCGCGCGAUGUUUGAAGGGACGAGCACGUGACGCAGUGUACGCGCUUCUUGUUAGCGCUAGCAAUCUCGAUCGCAUUAUCAGCACAUUAAAAUUACGUUUCGGCCGACCAGAAAAUAUCAUCGAAAUUUUAUUGAAUAAAAUUCAUGCAAUACGUGACAUACGUCACGACGACAUAGACCGUCUAAUAGAGUUCGCGACGGCUGUGCAAAAUGUCACGGCGACUAUGAAAUCAACCGAAGAAAUAGGACAUUUAAUGAAUCCAACGUUAAUACGAGAAAUUGUCAGUAAGCUGCCAUCGACGUUACGAUAUCAAUGGGCGAUACAUGCAGCGAGCUUAGGCGUGAAGACCGUCACGCUGUCACAUAUAUCGGAGUGGCUUAUGACAAUGGCCAACGCUGCUUCAUUCAUCAGUCCUCUGACCACCAAGACGUCUAGUGAUGUGAAACCACCGACCAGACCGGAUCCUAGACUUUGGAGACCAGCAGUGAUGGCGACGACUCCAACGGCAGUAAAUUUAUCCUGUACUCUUUGCGGCGAUGCGCAUGACAUACAAAGCUGUGAGAGGUUCAUACAGAUGACGACAGACGAUCGUUGGAGAUUCGUAACUGAGAAGAAGUUGUGUUUUUCAUGUUUGUCCAGCCGACAUCAAUUAAGGGCUUGUGAAAAAAAGACGAAGUGUGCUGUUCGCGACUGCAUGAGGGUUCAUCACACUUUGCUCCACGCUGUGCGACGCGUCAUGAAGAUUGAUAAUGCUGUCAACCACACGGACAAUACCGUUAAUACUCUCAACAGUGCGGAUCGGCAUGUAUUUUUAAAAGUGGUUCCAGUUGUAGUAUCCGGAGCGAAAGGUGACGUGCUGACCUAUGCACUUUUAGACGAGGGAGCAGCAGUGACACUCGUGAACUCGUCACUUCUGGAGAGAGCUGGCAUCACUGGACCGACGUCGAGCCUUCGCAUCCGCGGCGCGUCCGGCAUGACAACCAUCGAACCGAACUCUAGACUAGUUUCUUUUAAUAUUCGCGGAGUAAAUGUAUCAAAUGUAUAUAAUGUAAAUAGUGCACGUUCUGUAAAUAAUCUUAAUAUAUGUGUAGAUAGUUUUAGAUAUAAGAAAAUUGUAAACAAAUAUCCGUGGGUGACUGACUAUGUAACUGACUAUGACAUACGGCCUGACAUGAUUGAACUUCUUAUUGGACAAGACAACAUUGAUUUGAUUAUUACUAGACAGAUAAUACAAAGACAUAAGACUGGACCAAUAGUUUCUAAGACUGACUUAGGCUACGUAGUUCAUGGAAAUGUAGGACUGGGUAGUGUACCAGACGAUGCAACUGUUUUACAUUCUUGUCGUUGCGACGAACUAUACGAGCUGGUCAAGCAGUCUUUCUCCACAGACUCGUUUGGCGUUAAGCAGACUAACGACUUUCCUCGUUCUCGAGAGGAUCAGCUAGCGCUGAGCAUCAUGGAGCGAACCACUAAGCUCUUACCCGAAGGCAGGUGGGAGACUGGCCUGCUUUGGAAGUCUGACGAUCUUCAGCUGCCGGACAGCCUACCGUUGGCUAUGAGCCGACUCAACGGUGUCCAGAAGAAAAUGGUGAGGUACCCAGAGUUUGCUUCUCAGUACAGGUCUAAGAUAGAAGAGAAUUUGGACAAAGGGUACAUCACGAAAAUUCAACCAGGAGAUCCUGCGACUAGGAUCUGGUACUUGCCGCAUUUUGCAGUCUUCAACCCCAACAAACCGAACAAGCUGCGGAUUGUUUUAGACUGUGCUGCGAAGUCUGGUGGUAAGUCAUUUAAUGAUUUCCUACUGCGAGGACCUGACUUUUUGACAUCACUACCAGCAGUCUUAUUAAAGUUCCGGACAGGAAAGUUUGCUGUGACAGCGGACAUACAGGAAAUGUUCCACAGAGUUCUCAUCCGACCGGAAGAUAGACAUGCUCAGAGAAUUUUGUGGGAUGGCGAAACUUACAUCAUGAACGUCAUGACCUUUGGUGCUGUAUGCUCGCCGUCAUCAGCACAAUUUGUUAAAAAUAUAAAUGCUCGUAGGUAUGAGACGACAAAACCUGAAGCAUAUAAAGCAAUUGUUGAUCACCACUAUGUCGAUGAUUAUAUCCACUCUUUCGAUCAUGAAGAUGAUCUGAUCCGGGUGGUGGAUGACGUGGUACACAUUCAUGUUUCAGGUGGGUUUAACUUACGUAAUUUUGUAUCGAACUCAAAACGUUUACUAGCUCAUUUACCGGCUGAGAAACUUGCCCCGAGCUGUCUGAAAAUCCUCUCAGACGUUAAAGAUGACCAGGUUGAAAGAGUACUCGGAGUGCGUUGGGAUCGAGAGACUGACGAAUUUCUAUUUCAUUUGAAGUUCCCGAAGGUGAGCGAAGCUAUUAAGACAGGCAUUAAAAGACCGACUAAACGCGAAGUGAUGAGACUUAUUAUGUCUCUAUUUGACCCGUUAGGUUUUUUGCUUUACGUCACCGUGAAGGGUCGUAUUCUGCUGCAGACCAUAUGGAAGUCAAAUGUUGGUUGGGAUGACGAAGUUGAGCUUAGCCAGUUUGAAAAAUGGCAGUCUUGGUUGACUGAGCUUCAAAAGACCAGUGAAUUCAGGACUCCACGUUGGUUGUUUAACGACGGAUGUGGCAAGCAAGAACCGCCAGAACUUCAUAUUUUUUGCGAUGCAAGCAGCAAAGCUUUCGCCAGUGUGGCAUAUUUACGAGACAAAACGACUGAUGGCAAAUGGCACGUGUCUUUUGUCAUUGCACGCGCACGUGUUGCACCUCUUAAAGUGAUGAGUAUCCCUCGACUUGAGCUACAAGCUGCGCUUAUGGGUGCAAGACUAGCUCACACUUUGAAGAAAAAUAUAGACGUGAGUACCGUGACCUACUGGUCUGACUCAAAGACCGUGUUAAGUUGGCUUAGGUCUGACAGUGGCCGUUUCAAGCCUUUCGUAGCCCAUCGCGUCAGUGAGAUUUCUGAGCUGACUGAGGUCAGUCACUGGAGGUGGGUACCUUCAGGACUAAAUGCUGCAGAUGACGCCACAAGGGAGACUGUUGCCGAGGACAACACACGAUGGAUGAAUGGACCGUCAUUUCUACGUGAGCCCAAAGAGACCUGGCCACAAGAUGAUUCUGUCAUAAGUCUGGACCCUGACGACGUCGAGGUUAAGGUUAACACCAUUACUCUAAUGACUGUAGAGCUACCCGAUGACAGUCGUUUUUCCCGAUACUGGAGACUUAUCAGGAGCACCGCUUGGUUUAUGCGUGCAGUACACAACUGGAUGCACAAGAGUAGCAAGCGACACGGUGAGUUGACAGCCGACGAAGUUAAAGUAGCGGAGCUAAUCUGGAUUAGAGAAAGCCAAAGACGAAUGUUCUCAGACGAUAUAGAAAGUGUCAAGAAAACCGGACAAGUGAAGCGAGAUUCUCCGCUCCGUCAGCUUACACCAUUUUUAGACAAGGACGGCAUCCUCCGUGUUCGUGGGAGGAUCUGCAGAGCAGAUGGUGAUAACGAUUUCAGGCACCCUAUAAUUUUGAAUCCAAAAGACAAAUAUGUCAAAUUACAACUUAUGCAGUAUCACGUGGACUCAGCACAUAAUGGACGCGAACGUGUGCUGCAUGAAGUGAGACGACGAUUCUGGAUAAUAAAUGGACGUAAUGCAGUAAAGAUGACAUGGAAUGACUGUCAGUUCUGCAAGAACAGUCGUGCGAAGCCCUCGCCACCACUCAUGGCUGAUUUACCAGAUGUUAGAUUGAAGGAGGUCAGUCGACCUUUCACUUACACCGGGUUAGAUUAUUUCGGUCCAAUUAUAGUGAAGGUUGGACGUAGACACGAGAAAAGAUGGGUAGCACUAUUUACAUGUCUGACAGUUCGCUCUAUCCAUCUGGAGUUGGUUCACGAUUUGACAACCAGCUCCGUGUUGAUGAGCCUCAGACGGCUGAUAGCGAGACGAGGCUGUCCAAGUAUUAUUUUCAGCGACAACGCGACUACCUUUCGUGGGGCUGACCGUGAACUGAAGCGAGCUGUACAAGCUAUCGACAAAGACGAACUCAUCACCUUCGGUAGCCUCCGACACUUGGAGUGGCGAUUCAUAGCCCCUGACGCACCUCAUAUGGGUGGAUGCUGGGAGCGGCUCGUGAGAUCCGUCAAAACAAGCUUGCGAGUAACGCUCAAGACCAGAACACCUAACGAUCAGACUUUAAUGACACUCCUGGCUGAGGCUGAAUUCAUGGUGAAUUCAAGACCACUGACAUACGUACCUCUUGAUUUUGACGACGACUUACCCUUGACUCCGAAUGAUUUUUUACUACCAAAGACAGAAUUUAUUGACCAUCCUUUCGGAAUGUUUACGGACCAUGAUUUACUGAAACGGACUUGGAGAGAAUCUCAACGACUUGCAGACUUGAUUUGGAAACGCUGGGUCAAGGAGUACUUGCCCACUUUGACACGACGAGACAAAUGGUACAGAGAUUCUGACAGACCACUGGCGAUUGGUGACGUCGUAGUUGUUGUUGACUCCCAGCUACCCCGCAACCAGUGGCCGCUUGGCAAGAUCGAGCAGGUCUUCCCUGGUAAGGACGACAUGGUUCGCGUUGCUAAAGUUCGGACCAGACAUGGACUCUACACAAGACCGGCGACGAAACUGUGCAGGUUGGACGUACACUCCUCAUCUUGAGUACCAGCCUUCUGGUACUGGAGGUGGGGAUGUCGUGGCGUGCAACCUCUUUGACAAGACAUAAAACCUAUAAUGACUAGACAUAGACAGACUAAGACAGACAUUUGAAAAUAAUUCAAAAAUAAAUGGAACGAGGGCGUACGUGACCAGCAGCGACGCAGUACAUUUUUUGACUUCUGAAAAGACAGACAUACAAAAAGACGAAACAGAACGAAUAAUAAUUGACCGUUCUUAUAUAAGAUGUUCAAGUGACCUUCGACCGUUCAAGUAGUCAUUCGACCGUUCAGUCAUAUUUUGAAAAUGUUUUAUGUCAAUAUUUAAUUCUUUGAGAGAGUUAGAGAUUGGGGCGAGGUAUCGAGGUUUUUAAAAAAUGCAAUAUGUGUUUGCAGCUUGAAGAACAAGUGAAGACUGACUUUAUGAAUACAAUAAUUCUACAAAGGUAACCCUGUUUAUAAUGAGGUCUUACAAAUAAGGCGAAGCAAUAACAAUAUACACGUAUCUCAUUACAACGGAUACGGUUGUCUUCAUUAUCUUAAUCUAAAUACGGAGGUACUUAAGAUAUCUAAUUAUGGUUAAGUGAGACACUAAUGAUAGUGUUUACAAUUAACCAUUACGGAAGCCUCGAUUAUGCUGACGUAACUCUUCCCCCCCCCUAAGAGAAAGGCGUAACGGCGACUGCAACGGCUGCUGGUGGUCUUCCUCAGCUUGUCGUUGUGAAGUUGCUGUUUGCAACUUCUUUCUUGUAUACCAGAAUUUGUAUAUGAUUAUUCCGGUAAACGCCACGGCGAUCAUGAUGUGCAGAAUUAUAGAUGGCCAACUUGGUGUUGUUGGUAUGACUUUGUAGCUCUGGAAUCUUUUGAAUCCUUGUUACUUUUUCAAUUAGAUUAUUAAUAUUAUCUAGUUUUGUAUUUUCCAAAUUUAUAUGCAAAGACACAGUAUUUGGGAUUUGAUGAACAUGAGGAUUUAUGGAGGAAGUGGUAUUGUUUCUAAAAUGUUGAUAUAUUUUAUAUGGGUUUGUAGUAUUUUACCCAUCAAUUCGACUUUACAGUUGUUAUCUAAGGUAAGUAGGUAUACACCUUCACUUCUUUAGUGUUGAAUGUUGCUGUCACAUGAAGUUUUUACCACUUCUUCCUUUUUCAUAAUUAUAAUCCAAUUAUUAUCCUGAAUUUGUUGGAUAAUGUUGUUAUUAAAGUAUGCUACUACAUAUGUACAAUUUUGUGGAUCUUGAUGUUGUAAUAGCUGUGCUAUACAAACUUUUGAUAAUUGAAGAUCUUCCCAAUUGAGGUGUUUGCAUAUUACUCUGUCAUUUGUAAUCUCUGUGCAACGCUCACUUGGAUACGCAAAUUCAUUGUUACCCAAGAUAAGGAAGGGAUAUGUAGGUAUUAAUAUGGUAUUAUUUUUAUUAGGUAUGGAAUAUAGGUGUAACAAUUGGUUAGUAUUAGGGGAAAUCAGACGGAUUUCUAAUAUGAAAUUUAGUGUUUCGUACGUAACGUAUGCUUUUACUAUUAUUACUUUUCCCCAUAAAUGUAUAUUUUCAAUGUUUGGUGAAAAUGGAAAAUCAAAUGAAUUGUCUUUUUCAAUUAAAUUUAACUCUUCUACUAGGAGACUAGGGUCAAUGAUACUAAUUUGAAAAUGCAAUAGCACUUUCCAAGUUUUCUAAUUUAUCAUAUAAUUGUUGAUAUGACCUUGCAAUUUCGUUUAAAAUAUUUAUAGAUUCUUGAAAUGAAGCUUGUGUAGAAUAAUUUUGAAUUUCUUUUUGCAAUUUUAUUUGAUUGUUAUGUAUUAUAUUUGAAUUAUUCUCAUAGUCUUUUAUGAAUUCUCUCAUUAUUGUCAGUGUUUUUCUAGGAUUUUCCGAAUUUGAAUUUAAUGAAAGUUUUAUAUUUUUAAUUUCAUUUUCAAAACUAAUUGCAUCGUCCUGGUCUAAGUUUCCUGUGAUUGCUUUUACUAUUGAACCUAAGGCAUUUAUUAAACCUCUUUUUUGUCUGUUA